UAUUCUCAUCUUGCAAUUCAGGGCUCCAAGAAAGGAAGAAAAAGGCAUCAAAACACGAAAAACACAAAAAUGCUGAGGGUCGCCGCAAAGAGGUUAUUCGCGACGCCGGUGCCGUCGCAGGCGGUUAGGGUUCUGCGGCGAUUUUACCACGAGAGGGUGGUAGAUCACUACAACAACCCACGGAACGUUGGUUCCUUCGACAAGAAUGACCCCACCGUGGGAACAGGUCUGGUUGGAGCACCAGCGUGUGGUGACGUCAUGAAGCUGCAGAUUAAGGUUGACGAGAAGACUGGCAAGAUUGUUGAUGCUCGCUUCAAGACCUUUGGCUGUGGCUCUGCCAUUGCUUCUUCCUCUGUUGCUACUGAAUGGGUAAAGGGAAAGCGUAUGGAGGAAGUUUUGUCCAUUAAGAACACCGAAAUUGCAAAGCAUCUUUCACUUCCGCCAGUUAAGCUUCACUGCAGCAUGCUUGCUGAAGAUGCGAUUAAAGCAGCUGUCAAAGACUAUGAAGCUAAGUGCGCUAAGACAAACGGAGAGGAAACAACAACCAUAGAGAAGGUUGCCACAACUUGAUCUCUUCUACUCCUAGAAUGGUGAUGUAAACAAUCAUUUUUUUUUUUCUUUCUAAAGCAACGGUUUAGUUAUUUGCAUGUGACCUCAAGGUUACGGGUUCAAUCCAUAGAAACAGCCAUAUCAGGUUAGACUGCAAACAUUACACCCUUUGAGUGUGACCCUUCCUCAGACCGUGCGUUAAUGCAGGAUUUUGUGCACCGGGCUGCCCUUUUUUUUUCCCUUAAUGUUUAUGUGUUGUACAUCGUUAGAAACACCUCUAGUUCUAACUCUUUCUUGGUUUGGGCUUCUCACCUGUAUUCUCACAAUUCAGUAAUUACUUUUGAAGCUGCUAGGCUAUGGUUUGUUCUUUGUUGGCUCCAUGCUUUGUACUUAAUAUUGGCGAAUCAUGUUUGAGCAGUUAAAUUUCUUAUCGCCAUAACUUAUGUAUGCAUACACAAUAAAAUAGCAUGAUAUUCAUUUUCCCA